AUGUAUGCGAUUGGAGUGAAUGUCGCAAACAGUUUACAACAAAACAAUAAAUAUAAAUGUAAUGAAGAAAAUUGUGGCAAAUGUUUCAAUCAAAGGACGGAUUUAAAUGAUCACAAACAGCGCGUACAUUGCGAUGAAAAGCCAUUUGUUUGCCAUUUUAAUGAUUGUCACAAAAGUUUUAAAACAAAAGCUAAUUUAAGACGACAUGUAGUCGUCGGACAUCGACAGUCGAUGUGUAACAAUACACAUCGGACUGUAAUGUUACUAUAA